CUAAAUCGAGAAGUCGGCGUCUAUAGAAAUAAACUGCGUGUUUUUUCAAUAAUAUAAAAAAUUUAAUUUCUUAAUAAUGUCUAGCAGAAAUGAGUGUCGAAUUUAUGUAGGAAAUCUUCCUCCUGACAUAAGAACAAAGGAUAUUCAAGAUUUAUUCCACAAGUUUGGAAAAGUAACUUUUGUAGAUUUGAAAAAUCGAAGAGGUCCGCCAUUUGCCUUUGUUGAAUUUGAAGAUGCAAGAGAUGCAGAAGAUGCUGUCAAAGCAAGAGAUGGUUAUGACUAUGAUGGUUAUAGAUUGCGCGUAGAAUUCCCUAGGGGAGGCGGUCCUGGAAGUUACCGAGGUGGUAGAAAUGAUCGUAGCCGAGGUGGAGGAAGAGGUCGAGGUCCACCUACGAAACGGUCGCAAUACCGUGUCAUUGUAUCUGGUUUACCUCCAUCUGGUUCUUGGCAAGAUUUAAAAGAUCACAUGCGUGAAGCAGGAGAUGUCUGCUUUGCAGAUUCAUAUAAAGACGGCACUGGUGUUGUAGAAUUUCUUCGUCAUGAAGAUAUGAAAUAUGCAAUAAAAAAGUUGGAUGAUUCAAGAUUCCGAUCUCAUGAAGGUGAGGUAGCCUACAUAAGAGUACGAGAAGAUAAUGGAGAUGAUAAAGGAAGAGACUUCCGUGAUCGGUCUCGAUCCAGAUCAUAUUCUCCUAGACGCAGACGGGGUUCACCAACUUAUACUCCUGUUCGCAGAACCUCGUUUUCAAGAUCUCGUUCGGAUUCAAGGUCAAACUACUAAAAGUUUUAUAUUUACAACAUCUUUUUUUAAUAAUAGAUUUAGAAAGUACUAAAGAAUGUGUGUAUUUCUUGCUUAAAUAUGAAGCAUUAAUCAAAACAAAAAGAAAAAAAUUUAACAAAUUCAUACGUUGUAGGACUUUUUUUUUUUUGUUUUUCAAGGAAGUAGGUUUAACACUUAACAUUAAAUUUAAUUGAAACAAAACAAAAUAAAGAAAAUAUUAAUUUACAAAAUUAAAACAACAUUCCUUGAUAAUAAUAACUUAUAUAUCAAAAAACAAAAAAUUUUGAAAAUACUUUAAAACAUUUUAUCUCAUAUGCAAACACAAAAAAUGAGUAGGUAAUUAUUUUAAUUUUAGACAGCAUUCCGACAUUCGGGAUAAAUCUUUUUUAUUUCUUUGAAUAUGGAAAUUCAUAUUUUUUUUUCUAUUUUCAAGGCAACCAGAAUAAAAUUUACAUAGUAAAGUAAUUGGAAAAUCAGUACCUACUCACAUAAAUUAUUUUACAUUUUAUGUUUUAACAAAAACGAGAGUGGUGAAUUUUCCGUAAAAUAAAUUUGCCUUGAAAAAUUAUUAAAUUUUUAAACAGUAAUUAAAAUAAAAUUUAUGUUUUGCAAACAUCGAAAAUUUUAACAUUAAUUAUAAAAAUACUAUGCUGUAAUAAUGUAAAUAAGUUUUAAUUUUUUUUUUUUGAAUACGCUUUUAAAGAUUGUUUCAAAUUUAAUUUUUUUUUUUAUUUUGCAAAUGUAAUGUGAAAAAAGAAGUAUUUUGAAGUCUAACAAAUAAAAUAGAAAAUCAAGUUUCACUACAUAAUUUUGAGGAAAAUAUAUUUUGAAACUAAUAUAAAAGAUAAAUUAAAAUAAAUUUCACAUAAUUCAUAAAAAACAAAUAAUUAUUAAUUAAAAUUUUACUUAUAAAUAAAUUAAUGUAUUUUUUUUUUCUCUUUGCAAUCUUUUUGUAAUAAAUGCAUAUUGGAUGGAUUAUAAGAGUGAUGUAUAAAAUGGAAGCAGGGAUUUAAAUCUUUGGACAUAUAUAUGUAUAUAUAUUAAUUAAUAUAUAUAUAUAUAUACAUAAUAUAUAAAUAAAAAUAUGGAUUGGAAUUUAUUGUUUGCGUUAUGGAUAGGAUUAUAGGAUUGUGAUUUUAAAAGAAUCGAUUUGGAGAAAAAUUAGUAAAAAGGAAGGACUGGAAGGAUUAGGAGUUAGGAUUAAAAAAAAAUUAAUAGGAUACUUAAUUAUAAUAAACGUUUUCCACUUUUUUUUUAUAUGUAAAAUAAUAUUGUAUUUACAAAUUGUUUUUAUAUAAUUAAAAUUAUACCUUUUUUUUUUAUUGUUUUUUUUUUUAUGUGAAAAUAAUUUGUAAUACAAGCGGAAAAUUUUUACAAAUAAAAAAAAAGUGAUAACAUGUAAACUACUGGGUACGACGUGGGAUA